ACUUCUUUCAUCAACUCGUGCGCCAUGCUUGAUUCAUAGUUGAUCAAAACAUAAGAGCCUAAAGAUGUGGCGCUUUUCUCGGCAAAUUCUGCAAGUGCAAAACGUCUCCAAGCUGUGUGCAAGAAUGGUGAAAAAGAGGCCACCAUUGUCGAAGAAAACCAUAGCCAAAAUGAGAGCGGAUAGAUGGAUAAUUGAGAAAGGACAGCCGAAGAAGAGACUACCUGAUGUCAAAGUUCCAUGGUUGAAUAUCAUUCUUACAGAAAAUCACGAGACGCUUGGAAGCAAGGGACAAAUGGUGUCAGUCGAACCCAGGUUGGCCAGAAAUACGUUAAUUCGUCUGGGAAUGGCCGUUUAUGCAACAGAAGAUAAUAAAGAAAAAUUUCUCAGAAAGGACACCUCUAAAGAUCACCCCGAGGCCGCACUGGACAGUGAAUUUUUGAGCUUUCUGCAUGGGCUUCAUUUAAAAAUUCAACGCAAAGAAGGAAGUGAAUUUUUUGAAGUUAACGAGCAUCACAUAGCGUUAGAGUUCGAAUCACAAUUCGAGCUUUUUGUUCCUGUACACUGCGUUAAACUUGACAGACCCAUCACGUCUUUUGGAGAUUUUGAGGUGAACAUAGCAGUGAGGGACAAUGUCCUAGUGCCAAUGAAAGUGUCUGUAGAACAAUGGGAUCCAGAUUUACCAGACUGGGUUAAAGAUGCUCUGAAAUCUGAAGGACAUGAUAUAGAUAAGGAGCAAAUGCAGGCUAAGGAAAGCUAAUGGACUUGAAGGUGUUUCAUGGAUGCAAAAUAGCUUCCUUAUCAAUACACAAUCCCUCAAGACUUCCAUAUAAAAUUUUUGGGGAUCUUUGCCCGACAUGUCAAAAAAGUCAAACCCUAAAAUGGCCCAGAGUUCAUUCUUGGGCAUGUUUGAAUUGUAUUUAUAUCUCUGAGAGGUAUCAAUGCAGGGUUUUUUUGAGUGAAGUGUGACACUGGUUGUUCGAAAGCAAUGCUUCAAAUAAUAAUAAAAAGUUUUGUCUCA